UGCCGCGUCGUCUAAGUUUUCAGUGUCUUUCCUGUGGUUCUGACAUGGAAAAGAUGCAGCUACCGCAGAGCCCCAGCACUUUGUGUUUCGACAAGGACGAGUUCAUGAAGGACUCGUUUGAUGUGGACCAGUUUGUGUCAGAGUGCAGAAAGCGUGUGCAGUUGGAGAAUCUUCGAGAUGAUCUAGAGAUUUACUACAGACUUCUUAAGACUGCAAUGAUUGAACUUAUUAAUAAAGACUAUGCAGACUUUGUAAACCUAUCAACUAACCUGGUUGGAAUGGAUAAAGCAUUGAGUCAGCUUUCAGUGCCAUUGGGACAGCUGCGUGAAGAAGUAUUGAGUCUCAAAACAUCUGUUAAUUAUAGCAUUCGGGCAGUGGAUGAGCGCUUGGCUAAACAAGAUGACCUUAGGAAGAAAAAGGCAAGUUAUGUAUUUAAGAUGACCCUACAAGUUACCUAUAAACAUUUUAGCUUAAUUUUAGCUUGUUUACUCUAG